CUAUUAUUUUGACGUAAACACUUAAAAAUCAAAAAUUAUUUUUAUGGGAUUAAUUUUGGUGAAACAACAAAGGAAAAAUGAAGAUGACGAAGAAGUUUUAAGCUUAUAAUUAUCUUUUCUUUCUACAGAAAAGGAACAUGAAGGCAAACAUUCAGCUCAUUUGCUUCCCCAUUAUAUUCUGUGCAAUAAUUGUUGUCACGCAAACAGUGGUUGACAUUGAGCUAGAUAAACCAAAAUUCCAGUGUGGUUGUACUUGUAUUGAUACAAAUGGAGAUGGUCAGUGUGAGAAAGUCUGUGGGAUUGAGUACUCUUCGCUAGAUCAAGUCGCAAGUUGUCCAAUUCCUAGUCCACCUGAAUGGCCCCCACUGUUACAGAUACCGGCUCCUGAGUAUCGUGCAGUGAGUGCUAAUUCAUUUGCGUCAAGAGACUUGCCUAAUGAGUCAUGCAGGACAACAGGAUCUUGUCCAGCAACUUCAUUGUUCACUGGGAAUAAUCGAUCACUUGGAAACAUUUUAACGGUGAAUAUGUUCACUAGCUUCACCAUCAAUUCCUCAGAUCUUAUCAGCAGUUUAGCCAGCAAUGUCUUGGGUACAGCAACAUAUCCUGAAUCAAACAAUUAUAUUGAACCUGCUUUCCUUUCCAAUCUUCCCAUCUAUAACCUUCAAAGUCAGUGCAUGUUGAACUCUACAUUUUCGGUUGUUGUUAAUCAAUCAUCAUUUGAAAAGGAUCAAGAGGUGCAAUGUGUUCAGGGUAUAAAUUUGUGGCGAAAUAGUUCUUCUGAGGUGAAUGAUGAGCUGUAUAAAGGUUACAGGGAAGGGAAUCCACAGCGGGAGAUAAAUGAGAUCAUUGCAGCCUAUGAUUUCUUAAACUCAGAUGGGAAUAAUUUUAAUGUCACCAUCUGGUACAAUUCUACCUAUAAAAAUUAUACUCCUGGUAUUAUUCAGAUGGCAUUGAUGCGAGUUCCACGAUCAGUAAAUUUGGUUUCCAAUGCCUACCUUCAGUUUUUGAGAGGUGCUGGUACAAAAAUGCUCUUUGAGUUUGUCAAAGAAAUGCCAAAACCUGGAACUAAAUUCACACUGGAUUGGUCAUCCCUUCUUGGACCACUCUUCUUUAGCUGGGUUAUUUUACAACCAUUCCCUGUGAUAUUGGAAGCAUUGGUUUAUGAGAAACAGCAGAAGCUCAGAGUCAUGAUGAAAAUGCAUGGGCUUCGUGAUGGACCUUAUUGGAUGAUAUCCUAUGCUUAUUUUCUUGCCAUAUCUUUGCUGCACAUGUUAUGCUUUGUGAUCUUUGGCUCAGUUAUAGGGUUGAAAUUCUUCACACUUAAUGACUACAGUAUCCAGUUUGUGUUUUACCUUUUCUACAUAAAUCUGCAAAUCUCGCUGGCCUUCCUAAUAGCUUCAGUGUUCACAAAUGUGAAGACUGCUUCAGUGACUGCAUACAUGUGCGUCUUUGGGACAGCUCUAUUAGGUAGCUUUCUCUUCCAGACAUUGCUUGAAGAAAAGUCAUUCCCAAGAGGCUGGAUUACUGUACUUGAGUUAUAUCCCGGCUUUGCUCUAUAUCGUGGAUUAUAUGAAUUAUCACAGUAUUCUUUAAUGGGAAAUUAUAUGGAAACUAAUGGAAUGAGGUGGGGAGAUUUGAGUGACAGCAUGAAUGGGAUGAGAGAGGUCUGGAUCAUCAUUCUUGUUGAGUGGAUUGUGGUGCUUCCCAUUGCAUAUUAUGUAGAUCAAGUUGCAUCUCCGGGCGGUGCAAAAAGUCCUUUACUUUUCUUACAAAACUUCCGAAAGAAACCUCUGUCAGCUUUCAGAAAGCCUAGUUUGGGAAGGCAGGAGUCUAAUGUUCUUGUUGAGAUGGAGAAACCCGAUGUUUGUCAGGAGAGGGAGAAGGUUGAGCAGUUACUAGUUGAACCAAGCACAAGUCAUGCCAUUAUCUGCGAUAAUCUCAAAAUGGUUUAUCCAGGAAAGGAUGGAAAUCCUGAGAAAUUUGCAGUAAGAGGGCUAUCUCUUGCAUUGCCUCGUGGGGAGUGCUUUGGCAUGCUGGGACCAAAUGGUGCUGGCAAGACCUCUUUCAUUAACAUGAUGAUCGGACUCACAAAGCCAACAUCUGGCACUGGAUUAGUUCAGGGUUUGGACAUAAGGACUCAAAUGGGUGCCAUUUAUACCAGCAUGGGUGUCUGUCCACAGCAUAACCUUCUGUGGGAAAGCUUAACUGGAAGGGAGCACAUGCUAUUUUAUGGUAGACUUAAGAACCUCAAAGGUUCUGCUUUAACUCAAGCAGUAGAAGAAUCUCUCAAGAGUGUCAACCUAUUUCAUGGAGGGGUUGCUGACAAACAGGCAGGGAAAUACAGUGGAGGAAUGAAGAGGAGGCUCAGUGUUGCCAUUUCCCUGAUUGGGGAUCCCAAAGUUGUUUAUAUGGAUGAGCCAAGUACUGGAUUAGAUCCAGCAUCAAGAAACAGUUUAUGGAAAGUUGUGAAAUGUGCAAAGAAUGACCGCGCAAUUAUUCUCACCACACAUUCAAUGGAAGAAGCAGAGGUUCUCUGUGAUCGGUUAGGCAUUUUUGUGGAUGGCAGUUUGCAGUGUAUAGGGAAUGCGAAAGAGCUGAAGGCUAGAUAUGGAGGAUCUUACACAUUUACCAUUACAACUUCUUCAAACCAUGAGGAGGAAGCUGAACAUAUGAUACACCACCUCUCCCCCAAUUCUAAUAAGAUAUACCAUAUAUCGGGGACACAGAAGUUUGAGCUGCCAAAACAAGAGGUGAGCAUUGCAGAAGUAUUCCAAGCAGUGGAGAAAGCAAAGAGCAGGUUCACUGUUCUUGCAUGGGGUUUGGCUGACACCACUCUUGAGGAUGUCUUCAUCAAGGUUGCUCAGGAAGCACAGGCCGUCAAUGUCAUAUCUUGAUUUCCUUUACAUAUUGUUAUGUCCUUAUAUAAUAUUUGUAAUUUUAAUCUGUGUAAACCUUCAUAGUAGUUUUGUUGUCUUUAUCUUCCCUUUUUUUUUUUUUUUGGAUAAAUGAACCUUCACAGGUUGUAUUGCAGCUAAUGUAUGGUUGAGGUUUUUUUUUUUUUUUUCUUAAAGAAUUACAGUUAAUGUUCUUUUGUAUUCAUAAGAGGUUUGGACAGUAAAAUCUUAGAUCAAGU